AUGAACCACGACCACGACAGGAGUUCCUCGGAGGACGGUAGUCCGAUCUUGACUCGAGCCUUAAAUGCAGUCGUGCACGACGCAAUGGUGGAAUGCUUAGCCAUAAUGCAACGCGAGGAGGCGGCGACGGCGGCGGAGGAGCAGAUCCCCAGGCCUAUUCGACCUCGGAAGUUUGUCCGACGCGAUCACGCCGCAGCUCACGAAUGUCUAGUUGCAGACUAUUUUGCCGACCAACCACGGUGGGGCCCGGCUGUUUUCCGUCGUCUGUUUAGGAUGCCUCGUUACCUUUUUCUCAACAUUGUCCAGACGUUGGAGUCCUGUGAUGAAUACCUCAAGUAUCGGGAAGAUGGCAUCGGCAGACCCGGGCUUAUGCCGUUGCAAAAGUGCACAGUUGCAAUCCGCUAG